GGCAAAUAAAUGAGUUACAAGGGGAAAUUCAGAAUUUGAAAGAAAAACUGGUAAAUAAAGACAGGCAGAUUGCAGAUAUGCAGGCAAACCAAAACAGAAUGUAUGCAGAGAAUGAUAGUCUAAUGCUCAGAGUGAAAAUGACAGAACAGACAGCAGCAAGGGCAAGGGCUUCCCUACCAAAGGAAUCUCGGGUUGCUGCAAAGAAACAGGUUUUGCAGGAAACGGUUACACCAGCAAACAAUGCCAGAUUCGAUAAGACAGCAGAAACUGAAACUUUAGCCGAGAUAGCAGAAAAUAUGACGGUGGCAGUUGUGGAAUAUACAAACCAGAGUGUGUAUAUUGGAGAAAUGGAGGGAAACAUGAUGACCUUUGCCCGUCGGCCAGUCGGAAAACUAACAAGUUCUCUCAACGUAAAAAAUAAACAGAGCACAAUGGCAGGCUGGAACGUCGUAUCGUUGCUUUCAGCAGGAGGACGUAAAAUAAAGCAAGACAUGGCUUUACGCCUUACCCAAGAUGUCAUUGGCACUAAUUAA